AUGCUGCCGCUCGGACUGAUGUUGCUGCUGCUUCCAGCGGCCCCCUCCGCCGCCGCCACCGACCUGCCAGGAUCAGGCGCGCCGCUCCGCGCGGAGCUCGGCGCGUCUACACCAGUACCCGGCUCUCCCUCCGCGUCGGCCCUCCUCCUGCAGCCUGGGGCGGAAUACAGUCCGUCCGGUCUCGCCUUGGCCCGGUCGGCGGAGGUACUGGUCAGUACCGGCGAGGAGGAGGAGGGUCAGCAGCAUCAUAAUCACGGCGGUGGGUACCGGGUGGUUCAGUGGGAGUGGAGCUACGUCCAGACUCCGUACAUCAUCGCCAUUUGGCUGCUGGUGGCCAGUGUGGCCAAAAUCUUGUUCCACUUCUCCCAGCGAUUCACCACAGUCGUCCCAGAGAGCUGCAUGCUGAUCCUUCUGGGCCUGGUUCUGGGUGGGGUCGUCCUCAUAGCCAAUAAGAAGCAACUGUACCAGCUGGAGCCUGCUCUCUUCUUCCUCUUCCUUCUGCCAACCAUUGUGGGUGAUGCCGGCUACUUCAUGCCAGCCCGGCUCUUCUUUGACAACCUGGGAGCCAUUCUGCUCUAUGCUGUGGUGGGAACACUGUGGAAUGCCUUCUGCACAGGCUUCUGCCUGUAUGGGGUCAAACUCCUCGGGGUCAUAGAUGAGCGUGUGCAGGCAGACCUGAUGGACUUCCUGCUGUUUGGGGCAUUGAUUUCUGCUGUUGACCCGGUGGCAGUGUUAGCUGUGUUUGAGGAAGUUCACGUCAACGACAUGCUCUUCAUCAUCGUCUUCGGAGAGUCACUGCUCAAUGACGCUGUCACUGUGGUGUUGUAUAAAGUCUAUAUUUCCUUUGUCGAAGUUGGACCAGGAAACGUUCAGACAGCAGACUACUUCAAAGGAGUAGCCUCCUUCCUCAUCGUCAGUAUUGGAGGGACUCUGGUGGGUCUGGUCUUCGCUGUCAUCCUGGGCUUCAUCACUCGUUUCACUAAGAAGGUUCGGAUCAUUGAACCACUCUUCGUCUUCCUGCUGGUCUACCUAGCCUACCUGACAGCUGAGCUCUUCUCCCUGUCUGCCAUCUUGUCAAUGACCUUCUGUGGCAUCGGGGCCAAUAAAUAUGUGGAAGCCAACAUUUCUCAGAAAUCUCGGACCACGGUGAAAUACACGAUGAAGACUCUGGCCAGUAUCGCUGAGACCAUCAUCUUCAUCUUCCUGGGGAUCUCAGCUGUGGACAAAUCCAAAUGGGCUUGGGACACUGGCUUAGUCUCCUGCACCCUCAUCUUCAUCUUCAUCUUCAGAGCCGUUGGUGUGAUUGGUCAGACCUGGAUUCUGAACCGUUUCCGCCUAGUCCCAUUGGAUAAGAUUGACCAGGUGGUGAUGUCAUAUGGUGGCCUGCGUGGUGCGGUGGCAUUUGCCCUGGUGGUGUUACUGGAUGGGGAGCAGGUCAGAGCCAAGGAUUACUUUGUAGCCACCACGAUUGUUGUCAUCUUCUUCACCGUCAUGUUCCAGGGUCUGACAAUCAAACCUCUGGUGAAGUGGCUCAAAGUUCCUCGUUCCACCAGCAGGAAGCCCACCAUCAACGAGGAGAUCCAUGAGAGGGCAUUCGACCACAUCCUUACAGCAGUAGAGGACAUUGCAGGGCUGCAAGGAUACCACCACUGGAGAGACAAAUGGGAGCAGUUUGAUAAGAACUACCUAAGUAAGCUGCUGCUGAGGAAAUCUGUCUACCGGAAGAGUGAACUGUGGGAGGCCUACCAGAAGAUCAAUAUCAGAGAUGCCAUCAGCGUCAUAGACCAGGGUGGGAAUGUCCUCACCUCUGCCAGACUAUCCCUGCCCUCAAUGGCCAGCAGAACCUCUUUCCCUGAGGUCACCAAUGUCACCAACUACCUGCGUGAGAAUGGUAGUGGUGUGUGUCUGGACCUCCAGGUGAUUGACAAUGUGCCUGGGGCAAAAGUAGAGGAGGAUACAGAGACACACCAUGUCCUCGCUGGAAAUCUUUACAAGCCUAGGAGACGGUACCAGUCCCACUAUAGCCGUCACUUCAUGCCAGUGGGGGAGAAGGAGCGUCAGGAUAGGGAGGUUUUCCAAAGGAACAUGAGAAGUCGCAUGGAGACCUUCAAAUCCACCCGGCACAAACGACACAAAAAGGAGCGCAGCCAGAAGAAGCGCCGAGGAUCUGACACCAAGGAGGAGGGUAAUGACAAGCCGAGACGCAAUGUCAGCUGGCAGGACAAAGAUCCGGUGGUAGUUCCCAUCGAUUCAGAGGAGGACAAAGGUGAGCACUCAGACCCAGAGAAGGAAGAAGAUGUAGGCAUCACCUUUGUGGCUCACAACACAGAAACACCAAAACAACGGCCCAAAUCAGUCCCAGCAGGUCUAGAUGGGUGCCAGAGCCCAUCAGCAACCCCCCCCUCACCUACCAGUGGAGAGAACCAGUUGCCAUGGAAGGGGGGGGUGGGCUCACUGCCCCCCUGUGUGUCUGUGGAAGCCACUAAGAUCAUCCCUGUAGACCUUCAACAGGCCUGGAACCAGAGCAUCUCCUCCUUGGAGAGCAUCUCUUCCCCACCAGUACCUGCCGAGCCUGUGCAUCCCAGAGUGAGCGCCCUCUCCAGGCUGGGAGGACCCCGCCCUGCCUCCUACACCCCCACCGGCAGCUCAGCAGGUAGCACAUCCUCCAUUGCAGCCCAUGUGGCGCAAGGCUCAGUCACUUUCCACUUCCCAGAGAAGGAGGAGGAAGAUGAGGAGGGUGGAGGUGUGUCAGAGCAGCAGCAGGAGAUGCAGCCGCUCAUGUCGUCUCUGAGGCCCCCUGGACCGCCGCCACCACCUCCUGCCUCUGCCUUUGGCUCGGGAAGAAGGAGGAACCCCUGUGUGUACUUGAGGAGCCUGGUAACAGUGCCUCCUCCUGGCAGUGAGAUGUACACCAGAGGGCCCACCCAGCUGUAACAGCAGAUUUCAGAUCAGCACAUAGUCCUUGAGCUGCAUCCAUAACCUCUUGAGUGGAGCA